CUGUCUAUCUAUCUAUCUAUCUAUCUAUCUAUCUAUCUAUCAGGCACUCCCAUAAACAUCUUCGUUGUUACCACACCAAAAGUGAUUCAGCCUAAUAAACUCAAACACACAAGUGUCACAAGUGUGUGAGAGCGGGUCAGGAUGCAGGUCUCAUUCGCUUGUACGGAGCACAAUCUGAAGAGCCGCAGCGAGGACCGGCUGUGCGGCCUGCGAACUGCCCCUCCACCAGGGGGCAGCAGCAGCGGAGGAGGAGGAGAAAGAGGGAGUGGACAGGGGGGAAAUGGCAACUACGCCCCUCAGAACUCGGUCAAAACACGGGACGUGGCGGGGUCCCGACCCCUGCCUCAAGGCCACGCCCACAUGAAGGAGGCUAUUGGACGACACAGUAGCAUGAAAUACAGAAACCUUGGAAAGUCGGGACUACGUGUUUCUUGCUUGGGUCUUGGUACCUGGGUGACGUUUGGAUCUCAGAUCUCCGAUGAGAUGGCGGAGAGUUUGAUGACGAUAGCCUAUGAGAAUGGAGUAAAUCUGUUCGACACGGCAGAAGUGUACGCUUCAGGCAG